GGGGCACACAGGUAGGCCACUUUCCACUGGUCACUGCCGAUAGCCCUUGCCUGCCUUCAUGCUUGAAGGUGUCAGUGGGGCAAAACACGAGGCACGAGGUCCUUACCAGCCCCAGAGUGCUGUGCCAUCCCAGACUGUGCCAGGAUAUGUUUCCUGAAAGAUUCAUGCCCGAGGCUGUAACAACUAAGGACGCCAGUAUGUAGUGGUGUGACAUAAUGGCCGAAAAUACAAGUGUCUGGUGUUUCUCCGAUGUGAGUUCCUGGCCCAGCUGAUGAUGUUCCUGAUCAGCUUCAUAAGCUCAGUGUUCUGCGGCCAUCUGGGCAAGCUGGAGCUGGACGCAGUUACGCUGGCAAUCGCGGUUAUCAAUGUCACUGGCAUUUCAGUGGGGCAUGGCUUGUCUUCCGCCUGUGACACCCUCAUCUCCCAGACAUUCGGGAGCCAGAACUUGAAGCACGUGGGGGUUAUCCUGCAGAGGGGGAUACUCAUCCUGCUCCUCUGCUGUUUUCCCUGCUGGGCACUCUUCAUCAACACUGAGCACAUUCUGCUGCUCUUCAGGCAGGACCCGGAUGUAUCCAGGCUCACCCAGACCUACGUCAUGAUCUUCAUCCCAGCGCUUCCUGCAGCCUUUCUUUAUACGUUACAAGUUAAAUACUUGCUCAACCAGGGCAUUGUUCUGCCGCAGAUUGUGACUGGCAUCGCAGCCAACCUUGUCAAUGCCCUGGCCAACUAUCUGUUUCUGUAUCAGCUGCAUCUAGGGGUGAUGGGCUCAGCGAUAGCCAACACCAUCUCCCAGUUUGCCUUGGCCAUCCUCCUGUUCCUCUACAUCCUCUGGAGAAAACUACAUCAAGCCACCUGGGGAGGGUGGUCCUGGGACUGUCUUCAUGACUGGGCCUCCUUCCUGCAGCUGGCUGUCCCCAGCAUGCUCAUGCUGUGCAUCGAGUGGUGGGCCUAUGAGAUCGGCAGCUUCCUGAGUGGUAUCCUCGGCAUGGUGGAGCUGGGAGCCCAGUCCAUCACCUAUGAAUUGGCUAUCAUUGUGUACAUGAUCCCUGCAGGCUUCAGUGUGGCUGCCAAUGUCCGGGUGGGAAAUGCCUUGGGUGCUGGAAACAUUGAACAGGCCAAGAAGUCCUCAACAGUUUCCUUGAUAGUCACAGAGCUCUUUGCUGUGACCUUCUGUGCCCUGCUGCUAGGCUGUAAGGAUCUUGUGGGCUACAUUUUCACUACUGACCGAGACAUCGUGGACUUGGUGUCUCAAGUCAUCCCCAUUUAUGCUGUGUCCCACCUCUUUGAAAGUCUUGCUUGUACCUGUGGUGGUGUUCUGAGGGGCACUGGAAACCAGAAGGUUGGAGCCAUCGUUAAUGCUAUCGGAUAUUACGUGAUUGGCCUCCCCAUCGGGAUUGCACUGAUGUUUGCAGCCAAGCUGGGAGUGAUAGGUCUGUGGUCAGGGAUCAUCAUCUGCAGUUUCUGCCAGGUCUCAUGUUUUCUGGCUUUUAUUGCCCGGCUCAACUGGAAACUCGCCUGUCAACAGGCUCAAGUACAUGCCAAUUUGAAGGUAAAUGUGACCCUGAAUGGGAAUUCUGCUGUAUCUCAGGAACCAGCUCACGCAGUGUGUCCAGAAAGCCAUGGAGAGAUCAUGAUGACAGAUCUUGAAAAAAAAGAUGAGACUCAAUUGGACCAGCAGACGAACCAGCAACAAGUUUUGCCUGUCCACCCGAAGGACAGCAAUGUGCCGUCUAGGAAACAGUUGAUCCUAUGGCGAGGGCUCCUGCUCCUGGGAGUAGUUGUAGUCUUGGUGGGAGGGAUUUUAGUGAGACUAUAUGUCAGAAUUGAAUGAUGUGGAAGGGUCAGAGACCAAGCCACACAGGUGCUCCUCAGUUUGUGAGAUUGGCACCUAUCCAAUCCACCACCUCUUGGAAUAUUACAUCAGGACUGGAGGCAUUGCUGUGGCCGACAAAGACAUGCUUAGUGUGGUCGGGGCCCUCUACCAAGUAAGCUCUGUCUCUUUCUCUCUCUAACACAGAGACAGAGCGAGCGAGUGAGAGACAGAGAAACUGAGAGUCACCGACACACAACACAGAGAGAUGGAGAGUCUCUCUUACACACAGACACAGAGAGAGGCAUGCGUUUUGAGGGGACAAUGCAUGCAAUACACUUAUCCUACCCAAAAACCAGUGUUUGAAAUACUGUACCAACUAGGAUGUUGAUUUUUUUCACCUCUGGGGGUGCAGGACCACCUGGGGGCUAUAGAUCACUGUCACUGUCCCAUAUCUCCAAAGGAUGGUGUCACACAUUGAGAAUCCAGGGAAAGCUCCCAGUUCAAAAUAGUCUCUACUAAAUUCACGCCACUUUUGCACCAGUGUAGAGUUGGGCCCCUGGAAUGUGAAUUACCGUAAGCCUGGGACCACAUGCAGCUUUGAACUCACAGACAAUGCACAGGCCUGGCAGCUGCCAGUCAUUUUAGCUAACAGACUUCAACUGUACUCAUGGAUUUUAUGAACUGAGACUUCAAAUACGUUUUUUUUUCCUAAUAAAGAGUAAGGGAAACACCAUAUUGUGGUCUAAGAUAAUAUGGGGAAGAUGAUGGUGGAAUAUUAGUUCAUCCACCAUGGUCAAACAUGGACUGCUGUAUACUGACCGCAUUCUGGUGGGGGCUUCCCGGUUUCUUCUGCCUCCUGUUUUCUAAGAGAGAAACCUAUAGCUGGCCUGCUUCUGUUUUCUUACUGUGCAACUUCUAUUAAAUACAUUUUAAGUCA